AUGGAACCAACGCUUGUCGCACAGCUACUCGCUAUUCCGUGUGGUUUCGUGCUCGGCAGUUACAACGCGGUCUUCUCACAAAAUGUCAUGCCGCAUCUCUACAAGCAGCCAGCUUCAGUAGUGGCCCCCAUCUUCGCCAGAAUUUACAACAUCGGCUCGACUACUAUUGUGCCUCUUGCAAGCACCGCUAUCCUCGCUUAUGGCUAUUUGGCGUACAGCUCACCUCACAAACGACAACAAUAUGGCACAGCUGCAGUUUUGACAUUAGCCACGCUACCGAUGACUCAGAUCGUCAUGAUGCCGAGCAUCUCUCGCCUCCUGGAAAUCAGCAGGAUGGGUAAUUUGCAGGCAAAUGCAGGCCUCGAUCAAGAAGUCACGAGAUUGGUCAAGACUUGGGUUGCACAGAACUACUUCAGGGCCUCACUGCACCUGAGUGCUGGAUUUGUUGGCCUCUAUGCAGCGCUCUCAUGA